UUACCGUGCAUGAUACGUCACUUCUUGUGCUGUGUUUGUGAAUAUUACUAGUUGCAAGUGUGAUCAGUAGUGUCAGUACUAAUGGUGUUAUAUUAUUAUGAUUUUAUAUUUUAUGACAUUACUCUUUAUAUGUAGCGAAUGCUUUAAACCAACCCGCGCAACUGACUAGGGAGAGUGAAAUGUGCAUGAGGUAUUAAUGAAAAAUGCGCUAGUGACACGUGUACGUGUCGAUGUUUUAGAGGGUGCGGUCUACUAAUCCCUGCUUCAAAUGGCAGACUCGAAAUUAAUGAAUUACAGUGUCUCUGUGAAUGAGCGGCAACUAAUGAGUGAUGCGUAAUUUACGACAGUAAAGUACUUAUAAAGCGUCGGAACAUUUUUUAAACCGUUUAUAUAAAACAUGUACAGGAAGGUGGGCUACGUAUUUGGAGCUGCUGUUGGGUCAUUUGCCGUGAUCUGUGGAUUCAAGAACCAGUAUUUGAAAGACAGUAAUGAUGAAUUACAGUUUAUUCAAGCAGCUAACGCACAAGACGUGCGAAAAGAAAUAGAAAAUAAUGAACGUAAUGUUCUUUUAAGUCCUUCUGUCAGUGCAGCAGGUUACGAGAAACAAAAUAUAUCUCUACAGAAUACUAUUAGAAAAGCCAGAGACCUUGCGUAUAGGAAGAAGGACGAAGUUGGUGCACCUGGGCUUGUAAUAGGUGUCAGCAUUAACGGAAAAAUUGUUUGGGCGGAAGGUUUGGGCAUGGCAGAUGUGGAAAAUCGGGUGCCAUGUCACCCCGACACGGUGAUGAGGAUUGCCAGCAUCAGCAAAAGCAUGACUAUGGCUGUAGUCGCCAAACUCUGGGAGGACGGAAAGUUAGACUUGGAUAAACCAGUUCAAUAUUACGUGCCAUCAUUCCCUGAGAAGACAUUCAACAAGGAAGAAGUGACAAUCACUACAAGGCAACUUGUGAGUCACCUUGCAGGUAUCAGGCACUAUGAGAAGGCAACAAGCAACAAUAAGAACAACAGGAAUAAUGACAAGGAAAUUGUCAGCAAAGAAAUAAAAGAUAAGAGGAAUAAGACGCAAGCAAAUUCUGCAGCAGACAGAAAGGACAGCAGCUCCACUGAUCAGUUUGAGGCAGAUAAAGAGUUCUACAGUAAGGAGAGGUUUGCAACUGUUCAGGAUGCUUUGAAGAUUUUCCAAGAUGAUGACCUCAUGUUCAAACCAGGAACAUCAUUCUUGUAUUCGACUCAUGGGUGGACGCUGGUUAGUGCAGUGGUGGAGGCAGCUGCCAGUGAGCCGUUUCCUGAUGUUAUGAGGAAGUUUUUCCAGGUCAUGGGUUUGAAGCAUACCUACCUGGAUGUGGCAGAGCCGCUGAUAUAUAAUCGCUCUCGAUACUACAGUAGAAAUGGAAGCGGUAACCUGAAGAAUGUGCCGUACGUUGACAACUCGUGCAAGUGGGCGGGAGGCGGCCUUCUGUCCACUGUAGGUGAUUUGCUGCUUUUUGGGAAUGCAAUGCUGUACAGUUACCAAUGGCGAAGUGAACUGAACAAGUCGUACCCUCCUGAUUACCUGAGUCAUUGCAGGCUAUGUGGAGUGUGCAGCCAGGAACAACGAGGAAUUGGGGACGUGGUGACGGUUAUGGUAUGGGCUGGGUGGUUGUUCCGUCACGCCAAGAAUAUGGAGGUGGUGAUGUUCAGGCAUUUGCUGUGGGGCACACCGGUGGUGCUGUUGGUGCUUCUAGCGUUCUGUUGGUGGUUCCAAAUAAAGUAUCUUAUCCCACUGCCAUACCUUUGGACAGUGAAUUGGCACACCACACACCCUCAGUUCCGAACUCUCUGUCAGUGUUUUCUUCUCUUGAGUCUGUGGUUCCCCAGAGUAGUGACGUCUGUGUUCCAUGUGGGGUCACUGUUGCUAUUAUAAUGAACCUCGAAGAUGUGGGUCUCCGUCGUUUGGCGAUGGACAUCGCAGCUCUGUUUUGUGAAAUAUGAAGCCAGAUUCAUUAAAUUUUCUUUAUUUACUGGGAACACUGUUUAACAGGAGGAAUCACCAUGUUUGGCCUGUUGAUGUGGUAUUCCUACCUCAGAAUACAAUGUAAUGUUAAAGGGAGAAAGCAUGGUGACAUAAGGAAUUGAACUGUGAAGACCAUAUACAGCCACAAAAAGUCACUGGCAGAUUGAAAGCAAUAAAACUGCCUAAUAUAUAUGCAUGUGUAUGAAAUAUGUUUUUAUUUUCGGAUGAUAAUGCAGAGAGCAUUGAAUAUUGUUAGGGAGAUCAAAUCAAGGGCUAUGAGAAUGUGGGAUGAAAAAUGCAUAGUCUGACUGACUUACUUACUAAUUAAGUAACUAACUAACUAGCUACAUAGAGCUGAUUCCUUAUAGAGAAGCCAGCAGUUGCUCAGCCACUUGAACAAUUCUCAGCAUUUCCUUGAACCCGAAGGUUCAUUAUCAUGUUCACUAGAGCACAUCACUGGUCCCUACCUAGAACCAGAAGAGUGAAAGAGAAUAUUAGAAUUGUGAUUGGUGCCAAAUCUGAAAUUUCACGUCAAAGUAUAUUCAAGACAUUAGAGAUUCUCCUCACGUAUACAAAUACUGUGUAUAUUGUGGUGUAUAGACCCAUUGCUAGGCAAUGACUCUGUAAACAGUGGCUGUUGCUAGGUAACACGCAACAGUAGAAGAACUGUGUUUCCUAUGUAGUCUGUGCUGAAAUGUUAUAACUGGGAGGUUUGGAGCUUAGUCAGUUGAGGGUCAGUUCUAUACCAGAGUCUGUGAAGGAGGAUUUGAGCCAGAGGCAGAGGAAUAGCCGUUGUUGGAGCCAUUACCAGGGAACGUCUAGUAACAGACUGAGAACACUAGACUGUGUGCUCUGUUGAGCUGUAAAAUGUGGAUAUAGUGAUAGUGUUAUAGUUGUUUGUGGUUACGACCUGUAAGUGAUCAAUAAAUACAUUCACCAAUCUACACACCAUUUCUAAUUACUCAUACACAUGAGAGUAUCUUCUUUAGUGAAUUUUAUCUUGAAUAACCAGGAGCAUAUUCAAAUUAAUCUAUAAACAGUGUUAAUACAGGAUGCAAGAACCAUCUUCAUAACCAGUUUCCAACCUUACUUGCUUCUAGAAGAGGACAUUUUGUGCUCUUAUCAGAAUCUUGAAUAAUUUAUCUUACUGUAUUGUCGGCUUAGGUAGAGGUGAAGCUACCCCUGAGCUUUAACUAAUUAAGCACCAUACCAGGAAGGUGUAGGAGGGAGCAAAGUAUUUGACCUCAGCUUCAUGCUAUGAAUACUUCACCUCUGGGGAGAUUGUACAGGAGGCUGGGUGGGCCCCAGAGCUGGUCUAGAUGUUCUGGAGAAGAGAAAAAUCUCUUUUCCCUGCUGAGACUCAAACCCCGAUUCCUCAGCUGUCCAUUGCCUAGCCACUAUACUGACUAAGCUGUUCAGGCUCCCAUAUAUCAUUGGCACUGUAAAUGGAAAGGCACAAUUGAAAUACACUCUCAUUUUAGUGUGUUGAUGAACGAAUGAUGUUAUAUAUGGUUUUAAUCUACAAUAAGGCCUCUAUUUUAUACAGUUGUCUUAUAAUCAUGAUAUUUUUGCAUUCGGUGUAUGUACUAUAUCUUUAUACAUGUUAUGACUUAUUGCAAUACCUGCUGUUUCAUACCAUAUUCUGGAUCUGAGGAAUGUAUCUAUGUAUGUAUGCUAU